AUGGUCAACAUCAUCGGGUACGGCUCGCUGCUCUCGGAGCUCUCGGCGCGGUCGACCUUUGGCCACCACGUGAGCCGCUUCCGCCUCGCGCGCGUGAAGAACUACCGGCGCGUCUUCGCGCACCCCGCGUCCAUCUUUUUCCAGCGUGGCAUUGCGCGCCUCGAGACCAAAGAGAUGGCCAGCCUCUCGGCCGAGCCGUGCGACGGCUGCUCGUUUACGAUUUCGGUGUUUGAGAUCCCCGAGGACCAGCUCCCGGGCUUCUACGCCCGCGAAGAAGAGUUCAAGAUCGAGACUGUCGAGUUUGAAGAAGUCAAUGGCCGCGUCAACGCCGGCUUGAUGUGCUGCCGCUGGACGGACGCCGAGUACAUUGCCGCGCGCGGCCAAAACGAGUUUGACACGCUCUACAAGGCGCAUGGCCUCGACACGAUCUGGGGCUAUGCCCACGACAGCGGUAUCCUGCCAUGCCGGGUAUACAUGCGGCACUGCAUCCUUGCGGUUGAAAAGCUGGGCGAAGCGGUGUACGACGACUUUGUCAACAACACAUACUUGAGCGACCGCAAGACGACGAUCAAGACGUAUUUGGCCCAGCACCCGGACAUUAUGCACGAGCUGCCGCCACCCCACUUGGCGAGUCGCUACAGCGGGUAG